AUGUUGAAGCGAGCCUGUGGCGUGGCGCAGGGACCCACUUCAAGAAAGCAAAGAUCCCAGGCCAGGCAGACACCUGGCCAAGAGAUUCCCCGCAGCCCCAGCGAGACCCGUCUCCGCGUGGGUUCUGCCUGCUCCGGCUGGUGUUCCGAGCUGUUUGCCCUAAGGAGGCUCGGGAUACCUGCCGAAGCAAGUUUUGCCUCCGAGUGCGAUGCGGCUGCCCGCUUGUUGUGCCAGGAAUUGUGGAGCCACAGGUUCUUUCUGAACGAUGCAUGGGACGACGCAUUGCUAGAGAGCACUCCUGAUGUGGAUUUGUUCUGCUCGGGCCCGCCUUGUCAGCCCUUCUCGCUGUCAGGACUCGCCUUGGGUGCAGCAGAUGCUAGGGCUGGGCUUAUGCUUCAGGUGUUGCUGUACAUUGCCAGUCGCCGUCCUGGCUGCUUCAUCAUUGAAAAUGUGGUUGGUCUGCCACUGCGCCAUGCGGAAUUCUAUGAUUGGAUCGUGCAGUAUCUGACAGACUUAAAAGAUAAGCGUGGCCAGCCCUUGUACAUCAUCGAUUGGACGGUCCUGAACGCAAGGCUACACUCAGGCCUCCCGCAGCACCGCGAGCGCGUUUUUCUUCUGGGAGUGCGUAGGGACCGACAGCGCGCACCCCUGCAGUGGCCUGCCCAGGUGCCUAUGCGAAAUCUCUCUGAGUUCCUGCUGCCCCCGACUUCACCACGUCCUGACAUCGAUCCGAGUUCCUUACCCAAUGCCACGGCUGCACGCAAUGUGACAAAGUUCGUGGAGACUCUGUGUUCACGUGGCGAGGAUCCGAUGCAGCCUGGCUACGUCGUGAACGUGGGCGGGAGCUACCCGCACUGGAACAAGGGCUAUUGCCCAUGCAUCACUAGAAGUCGAGGUGCCUCUCGGGCAUUCUACCUUCCUUGGCUAAGUCGUUCUUUGUCAGCACAGGAAAUCACGAUGUUGCAAGGUGUGCGACUCGGGGAACUACCAAGAGGCCUCCUCAGUGACACGCAGCUAGGGGGCCUAGCCGGCAACGCCAUCCCCAUUGAUCUAUUGGCGGCGGUCCUACGUAGCCUCCUCACGGCUGCGGGUUUUCUCUAG